AUGAGCGCACUAGAAGGUCGCUUGCCUUUCCUCGAUCAGGGGGGCGACCAUGUGGUUGUGGAGUUGAAGGGUCUGGAUAGAGAACCACGCAAAGAGAACGAGACAGAGGCCAGUGGAUUCGGGCGCGUCGGGGACUUGUCAAUCGGACAGCGCUCAUUUACAGACGAACAGCUUGCAGCUGCGAGUGCUGCAGUUCGUAUGGGCACUGAAGAGGGCCUACAGCAGGAGCACGUACAGUUUGAGCUGACGCUCGACGAAGUAUCCUGCACUCUUCCUCCUCGCACGAAGUGUUUUGAUCGCGCGCCGCUGCUAUCUUCGUUGAAGCAGACAAAUUGGAAGGCCUUCUUACGGACGGGACGGCUCGCGCGAAUCGACGUGCAGCCUCUAGAGCCCAUUCUUCAUCCGUUGUCAGCUGUUAUUCGAUCAGGGUCACUUGUAGCCGUCAUGGGGCCAAGCGGUUGUGGCAAGACAACUCUUAUGGGUAUCCUCUCGGGGCGUGCCAGUUUAGCGCACUCUGGUCGCGUUGCCUUCAACGGACGGCCUCCGACAAAAGAAUUUGACCGCGUGGAUGACAUCUUUGACGGCAACGAGAAAGUUGUCGAAUGCCUCGAGUUCUCCUACAGACUCCGCACUGCAGUUCCGCGUGACUGGGGGCCUGAAAAGAGAAAAAGCCGAGAACAUGAAGCGGUGCAGCGAACCCUCAGCCUCCUGGGUCUCGCUGAAGUGCAGACAAGCAACGUAGGCACAAGCACGCAUCGCGGGAUAUCUGGAGGCCAGAAACGGCGGCUGACUCUCGGCAUUGGCUUGAUGAGCGACGCAAAGAUCUUGUUGUGCGACGAGCCGACCACUGGUCUGUCCACUGCAGAUGCGCAGCUGGUUGUGGAUGCUCUCCGGCGGCUGUGUGUAGAGUGCGGCAUGGCGGUGGUAGCGGUGAUUCACCAGCCGUCCCAUGCAAUAAUGCGGUGCUUCGAUCAUCUGUUAUUGCUGAGCCAUGAGGGCCGUUGCGUUUACAACGGCUGCGUGGAUGCGGCGUUGCAGUAUUUCAGCGCAUUAGGGUUCCCCUGCCCUCCUCACCAAAACCCUGCAGACUUAUACUUAGAUCUCGUAUCACAGGGUAGCAAACACGCCGGCGAACUCGCAGACAUAUACGACGCACUCAUGAAGCCGCUGGUGCAAUCCAGAGUACGCCGCGCUUACGAAUGCCCCCCUUCGCCGCUGGAGGACCCGGUAGGCGAAUUGGCAUUGGCGGGUCCUUAUGUUCAAUUCAAAGAGGUUGGAAAACGCGCACUUCGGUUGUGGUUAAGAAGCCACUCUACUCUGGCUGCGAUCAUGGGCGACUCGAUUGUUCAAGGGCUGGUGAUUGGAGCUGUAUUCUUUGGUGUCCGUAACCGUGCAUCCGUGUAUUACCAGCUUUCCGCCCUUUUUCUGAUGCUCCUCAGCCAUCUGGCCUCGUCUCUGUGGACUGUGCCGCUGUACGUCCAGCAGAAGGCUCAGUAUCGAGUCGAAGUCGAGGAUGGAUACUAUUCUCCCGUGCCCUACAUGUUCGCAACAUCCCUGGUGGCUAACUUUUUCGUGUUGGUGGGCGAUGCAGUGCUUGUCACGAUUAUGUGGCUCUUAUUCGGAUUUCCGUUCUUGCCUCUACUGGUCUGUUACCUCGUUGGAUCCCUAGGAUUCGUAAUAUGCGAUUCGAUAACUGCAAUUUGUUCCUUGGCGAGCACAUCUUUUGCAGAGGCAAAUGCCUCUGCGACUCUCCUGUUCAUGUUGCUGAUGUUUGUCAAUGGCUUCACAACCAAUCCAGCGUCGUUGCCUCAUGGGAUAGCAUGGAUCUCGUACUUAAGCCCGUUUUUUCUGGUUUUUGAGGGUUUGGCAAUAUGCAUUUUGGAGACUUAUGAGUUUCGAGACGACCCCUCGGAUGCCAGCGGCAACCUUCUGUUGCAAACAAAGGAAGAUGCCUACCAGACGUUUGGCAUCGCAGGUCGUGCUUAUGGCCACAAGGGCAGCGCCCUUAAGUGGCUGUGGGGAGUUGACGUAGUGUUGCUUCUGCUGCUCAUGGUUCUCGCAAAGGCACUUGUUUUCACCUUGCAAGCCACUAUCUUCUUGCCCAAGCGCCACAGGGGCGAGUCUGUACCCAGGUGUAGACUUUCCUGUCUUUCCGUGAAGGGAUAG